AUGGAAAACUCUGAUGAGGUGGACCAGUCUCACGAGAGGGAGAGGCUGAAGAUGAGAAUUGCCGUUUUGGAUGAGAGUGUGAAUUCCUGUGAGGUGGAGUGUAAAGCCAGCAGAGAGACGGUGGUGAUGCUGGUGGCGGAGCUGGACCGGGAGAGGAGGAAGGCUGCCAGCAGCGUAGCGGCACUCGAUUCACUCAAAGGGGAGUUGGACGGCCUGGUGGUGGGCAGGAGGAGCGUCGAGAUGGAGAGGGGGACCCUCGUGGAGCGGCUCGACGCCAGCAAGAGGGUCGUAGAGGCAGCGAGGCGAGAGUCCCGUUGUCUGGAGAAACAGGUGGAGGAGCUUGAAAGGAAGCUCCAGUGGAGCCACGCGGAGACUCGGGCAGCGGAGGAGAAGCUGCAGGUGUUCCUGGAGAAAGUGUCGGCCCUGCUGCAGGGGAAGUCUGAGAAGGCCCCCCUGCUCACGGAGGAAGAGGUGUUACACGACCUGGAGAACGUCUGCAAUAAGUCUUUGUCAGAGAUGGAGGCCCGGCUGUGUCGCGUCUCCGAGGAGCUGAGCGAGCACGCCGACCUCCGGCACAGAGCCCUGCAGAGGGCUCAGCUCGCGGAGCAGCAAGUCCAGGACCUGAGGGAGCGGCUGCGAGGCCUGGAGACGGAGCUGAUGGCAGCAGACAUGCAGCGAGACGGGCUGAGGCUCAACAAACAGCACUAUGAAGAGUUUCUGGAGCAGCUGUCAGAGACCAUGAGGGUUGACGGUAUUGCUGUGGAUCUGGGCUUCGACAUGAGGCUGAAACUCAUCCUGUCCCGGACCGAGCAGCUCGUCAGACAAGAGGCAGCAGCUCUGGUGGAGAGCAAAAGUCUGACCUACAGUCUGCAGAGGAAGUUUAAGUCGCAGAAAGACCAACUCGAGAGCAAAGGACUGCACGUCCAGCUCCUGAGGAACAAGGUGUCCCAGCUGGAGGAGGAGAAGAGGAGCCGUUCGGCGUCGGCCGUGGGACGAGACGACGCUCAUCUGGAGACCCGGAGGCUGCAGAAGAAAGUGGAGCGUCUCCAAGGCGAGCUGAAGGCCACCAAGCUGUCCAACACGGAGCUCAAGGCCCAGCUGUCCCACACCAGUGAGCUCAAGCUGAAAGUCGUGGAACAGAGUCCGGCCACGCAGGAGCAGAGCAAGAGGCCGGCUCAGCUGGCCGAGGCGGAGAAGAAGCUGGACGCAGUGAGCGCAGAGCUGCAGAGCCGAGAGCAGAAGACCAGAGAGGACCAGCAGCAGCUCAACGCCCUCAGACGGAGCCUGACGCAGCUGUCUGACCGGGAGAGAGAGCUGCUGGACUUCCGGACGGUUGUUUCCCAGAUGUUGGGUCUGGACGCCACCGCUCUGGCUCUUCCGAGCUAUGAAAUCAUCAAAUCAUUGGAGGGCCUUCUUCACCCUCAUCAUCAUCAUCAUCAUCAUCAUCGUCAUGGUAACGUGCCCCGGCUCUGUACUCACCAGAGGCCUCUUCCUGCCAGCUCCUCUUUCGAUGUCUCUCCCUCCGGGUCUGCUCCCCUCCACGAAGCCCAGAUUUAAACAUCAAACUGCACUUAAAUAUUAAUGUUUUCUUGUAAUAAAACCUUAUCAAAUCAUAGAAAAACAUAUUUUCUUUUUUGGUGUGUUUCUCAGGUAAAGCUCAGUAUGAAUAUGACUCUUAAAAAAAAUGA